AUGCACCAGUUGAUUUCGAGCCUCCAUGAGAAAUCUGUAGCAACGACUAGCUCUAAGCGGUCUGGAGACACAGACAAAGUUGAUGGUCCAGUGUUGAAGAAGCCAAACAUCAAGGCUAGUAUGAGGAAUGAAUCGACUCCGGCCUCCUCCAACAAAGUCAAAAAUACUCGUCCUCGCCGUCGUCCUACCUAUCGUCCUCAGAAAAAGUUAGUCGAUCUGACUUCUCUUGCGAAUCCACCUGGUUCUCCGUCUCGACGAGAUCAUGCAACAGUUGAGUCUGCUAUGACUGAUGUCAAUGAUUCUGGAUCUGAUGAACCCCCGGCCUUCAUUCUUCGAUACUCAGAAAAUCGCAAGCGGGUGUUAGAAAGAGAUCGAAAAUAUCCUGAAAUCAAGGCAUGUGGAUGGAAGCCACACUGUGAUUGUUUUGCUACUGUAAAGUCCGCCGAGAAGUUUGCUUACCUCAAGGACAGUACCAAGAAGUCUCUCCUCUCUGAUCUUGAUAAUCUGGCAACCCUGCUUCGAGACAUCCGUCUCAAGGUUUCAGGGGGAGAAUAUGAUGCUGGUAUUUCCAAUGUGGAACCGGAGGCCCAGAACAAGCAUGAGGAGACAGAGGAGGUUGCUGGUGAUGGUGCGACAUUCUGA